UAGAUAGAUAGAUAGAUAGAUAGAUAGAUAGAUAGAAACUCCUGAUGGUAUUUCAAAUUUAUUAGCUGCAGAAAUGGCAUUGGAAUCCCUGUAGAAUGAAUGCCUCUGUUUCCAUUCCCACUGUAUCCUCUAAAAUGUAAAAGAGUAUGGGUUACUGGGCUUGGUUAUUCACUGCCCAGAUCCAGGAGGGUUAUUAUGUGGGUGGUCUCAUUACCUUAGAUCACAUGAUAUCCCUUUAUUGUCAUCCCCUUUUUCUCAGGUGAAAAGGAAUGAGUUUCCAUCUACUCUGAACACUGGGACCUUUUCCAGUAGUCUAGCCCAACAGUGCCAGGGGUUAAAAGAGAUUUUGGUGAGACUGUCCCUUCCUGAUUACACAUCUUUCCCUGAUUUGUUUUGUGAAUGGCAUGGGGCCUGAGCCUCUCUCAUUGAAACAGAAAACCAGUGUUGAUAUGAUUGAGAUUCUCAGAUAUUCUCCAGGGCAGAAAUUAUGUUUUAUGGUAUGACUAAGAAGAAUAAAGCACUUUAAUUUAGGCCACUAAUUUACAGGCUUUGCUAUCGAUCAUUCUGUGCCUUUCGAUAUAUGUGGCUAGUACGGUUUGUAUACUUGUCCCCUCCAAUUCUCAUGUUGAAACGUGAUCCCGUAUUUUGGAGGUGGGGCCUGGGGGGAAAGUGUGGGUCCUGAGGGCAGAUCCCUCAUGAAUGGCUUGUGUGCCCUCCCUUUGUUAAUGAGUGAGUGCUCCCUCUGUUCACUCAAGAGCUGGUUGUUUAAAAGAGCCUAGAGUGUUCUUUCUCUUGCCAUGUGACAUGCCUCCUCACUCUUCACCUUCCACCAUGAUUAAAAGCCUCCUGAGUCCUCACCAAAAGCAGAUGCUGCUGCCAUGCUUCUUGUACAGUCUACAGAACCAUGAGCCCAAAUAAACCUCUUGUCUUCAUAAAUUACCCAGUCUCAGGUAUUCCCUUAUAGCAACGCAAAAUGAACUAACACCAUGGUGUAUCAGAUUUACCUGUGAGGAAACUCAGGUACAAAGGAUUAUGUAACCUUCCUGAGAUCACAUCUAUUGGCCAACUGAGAUUAGCCACCUGUCUUCUUGUUUUUUCAGCUUUUUCUUGGCAAUCUGCUUGAUAGUGCCUCGUUUCCCAAAACAAGCAUUACUUAUUGAGUAUAGCAUUACUUACUGAGUUAAUCUUCCUACGAAACCCUGCUUCCCUACUAUUUGUGCUUCCUGGCUGGAAGGUGUUUCACAAUAUGAGAUUUCCAUACCACACUGUUAGAGAAAGUAAGCUGGAUUAUAGGUCAUUCCUAAAUUGCACUUCCUGAAGUUUCUUCAUUAUUGCCCUGACCACAGAAAUAGAUGGGGAGGAGACUAUUUAGAAGUCCUCACCGGGUCUUUGUGCUGCUAAUGGUGCUGCCUUUACAUGUUUUCUGAGCCCUCACCUGCCAUUUCUGUUACCUGGUGACUGUAAAUGAGGGAUCAUAACCUCAUGUUCAGCAGUGGUUCCCUGACAGAUGAUACUGUUUCUGUAUUACGUGAAGAAAUUGGUGUAAUUAAACAACGUAUUUUAACUAAUGUUUUGUAGGAGGCAUGAUAUGAUUGGCAUUUCUAAUGGUAUUCUUCUCAAAUUAACACAUGCAAACAAUCAAACAAUUGCAAUGGCCCAGAAUAUAUAGGGUCUGCUACAACUAAUAGAUAAGCUGGUUAUCUUGCACAGGUUGUUAUCUCUCUAGUGAUGUUUUUGCUGUGAACCUCAUGUGUCUCUCAUAUAUACCAAUGCUACAUAAUGUAUUAUUUGAGCAAUAAUUUCAUAUCCUCCUCCUUCUUGCUCAAUGCCAAGGGCCAUGUCUGACUUGUUACCCCUUAAAAUCUGGGAGCCAACAUAAUAGAACGUUAAUAGGUAUUGAACAAGUGAAUGAGCAGAUGCUAAGACUAUACAGCAUCCAGCUCCUAAGAAAUAUUUGGGAUUCUUCCCAGGUAUUUCUGCCCCUGAGAAAGGACAGUAAAGGGUUAAUGUUCUCUGCAGGAGCAGGAGGGAUUUGGAUAUGGAUCUCAGCAGAGCUGCUGGAAUCACAUUCUUUCUGCUACUAUAGCAACAGGUUGAGAAUUCUGCCAGCCCUGCCUACGUUGGAAAUGCCUGUGUGCAGGCGACUUCAUUGUCUCAGGGGACAACUGUGUUUUCUAUGAUGUUUCAAUAAAGCAGCUUCUUUUUGGAGACAAAGAGAUCAGCACAAAGCAGGCGCUAAUAAUCAUGGAAAGGCAGAGCAAGAUCUUGUUUUGAUUGAAGAGACAUUUCCAAUCUUUUGUCCCUUGAAGGGGUGUUGAGUAAGGAAAGAAUUAAGGUUUCAUCUGUAGCCAGUAGCAUCUUUUACUGCCUUCUAAAGGAGGCCUCUCCUGAAAUCUAAUUCCUGGCAACAUUUCAAACCUUUCUCUUACUAUUAUUGCUUAGCAAGUAGAGUGAUAGUAAAAGCUCUUGCCUGUGUUCACGUCUAAAUUUGGAGAUGCCAGACUGGACCAGAAUGUAGGUUUUCCUCUGCAUUUACCAUUCUUCUAACCAACUCUGUACCUCGUCAUUUACUGAGAAAAUCUAACCAAGAAUGCAAAAUGGAGGUGUUAGGCCAGGUGCAGUGGUUCACCCCUGUAAUCCCAAGGCUUUGGGAGGCUGAGGUGGGAGGAUUGCUAGAGCCCAGGAGUUCAAAGCUGCAGUGAGCCAUGAUUGUGCCAUUUCACGCCACCUUGGGCAACAGAGUAAUCCCCCAUCUCUAAAAACAAAACAAAAUGAAAAAAGGACAUAUUAUUCUUUUUUUUUUUCACAUUUGUUGAUUUUUAUUCGUGAUCUCUUUUUCAAUACAAUUUACACCCUCAUCCCCAUUUCCAGUCUGAUUAUACAAGUGCUAAGUGGCAGAAAGGUCUGGAAUAAAUACAUCACAAAAAAGAGGCAAAGCUGUGAAACUAAGUUGCUUAUUUGGUGUAGCAGUGUUGUAAAGAGAAGAACAACGGGAAGCUACAGAGGAAAGUUGAUUAAAUGGUAUUAAGUUCCCGGGGCUUCACAGCAUGUAAUAAAAUGCGUCACCUCUUACUCAGGCCUGUUUCUUGUGAUCUCUGUAAGAGGCAGGGAAGGCUCAGGUGUGGUGAUAAUCAGAACUUAGGGCUAAUUGUGAUUCUUGCUGGGUUAAUGCAGAGAAUCAAUAGGCCUUAACUAUCACUUUAGAUUGAUGGAUCACUUUUCCACAGUACCAUGAGUACAUCUAAAUCUUGUUUUCACUUUGCAUGUCGGCCAGAAAAUCUGCCUGGUUCACUCUUUGUUGCUGGUUUACAAAUACAUUUUUGUCAAACAUACCUGGAUAUAUUGAUCUUUCUUCACAAACAGCACAGAAUUCAGUUUUUCGAAGCUUUUACCUUUAUCCCACUAUAGACCAUUUGAAUAUAGGAUAAGCCCUUUCAUCUUGUGUAAGUUUCAGGGCCCCAUUAUCACUGCCUUGAAGUUUGUGUGGCCACUGAAACUGCCAUUCUGGCAGUGUAGUCAGAAGAGCACUGGGUUGGGCACCAGAAGCCUGGAGGUCUUGUCCCACCAGGAAGUGGCCUUGGCCAGCUCAUAUGGGGAUUUUAAUUUCACUACAUGUAAAAUGAAAGACUUGGAUGAGAUUUCCAAAAUUUGUGUUGUAUCUCUUCCUACAUGCAAAAAAGCAGGAUUCCAGUUGUUUUAAAAGUAGAACAGGCUUUGCUUCAUUGAAGUCAUAAUUUGCAAGGCACUGGAGGGCUCUGUCGCUUACUCUUCCCUAACGCUUAAUCACACACCAUAUCACCUCUGUGCUUCACUGCUGCUUCAUCAGGGAAGCCUUCCUUGAACCUCAAGCUAGAUCAGGGCUUCCAGUUGAUGUUCCUAUAUAAAUUUGUUAUUUUCUUUCAUCAUACCUAACCACACUUGGUAAUGACCUGUUUCAUUGGUGUGUGUGUGUGUGUAUGUGUAUGUAUGUAUGUAUAUAUAUAUAUGUAUGGUUUUUUGUUUAUUUGUUUUUUGAUGCUCUGUCACCUGGGUUGGAGCCCAGUGGUGUGAUCUUGGCUCACUGCAACAUCCACCUCCUGGGUUAAAAUGAUUGUCUUGCCUCAGCCUCCAGAGUAGCUGGGAUUAUAGGCACCCGCCAUCAUGCCCGGCUAAUUUUUAUAAUUUUAAUAGACAUGGGGUUUCACCAUGUUGGCCAGAGUGGUCUCAAACUUCUGACCUCAAGUGAUCUACCCGCCUCGGCCUCCCAAAGUGUUGGGAUUACAGGAGUGAGCCACCGUGCCUGGUCUGGUUUUUUUUUUUUUUUUUUUUUAAUUAAUUUUCUCACUCACUGUAAGCCUAAAGACUUGUGAAGCAAGCGCCCAAUCUGUUUUGUUCACCAUCGUAUCUGCAUGUAGGAGUCAGGCAGUAAACAUUCACUGAAUGACAGAAGGUCUGUCAGGCUUUAUAGAGGGUCUAAAGAUGAUUCUAUCAUAGCCUCUGUCCUCAAGGAUCUUAAGAUUUACUUUCUCUGUUUUUCUUCUCUUCCUUUAUUAUCUACCCCUCGGACCCAAAAUAUGUUACUGGAAAUUAAAACAAAACAAAACUUUCUGGGUUCUUGUCCUCGAUCUGAUCAUGAGAUAGGUUUUGAUUUUCCUUGAUGGGACUAAUAAGUCUUUUGUGAGAAACCAUGGAAUGAGGCCAGGCCCUGAAGGAGAUUAUAGAAGAUAGUAUCUAGAAUGGAAAUUGUAGACAAAGAGAGAGAGAGGUAGGAAGGGAGGAGUACCAGGAAGACAAUGACAAGAAGAGCAAUGAAAGCAUGGGGCUUUGCCCAUUUAAUUAGUUUGCCUGUCAGAGUCCUUCUCUUUUGACUGCCAAGCCUUACAAGCAAGGACAUGUUUCUUAAAUAGAAUUCUUACCGGCAGUGUUGUGUAAUAGCACAAAGCAUUUGCUACCAAAAGAUGAUUACAUGCACACAAAAAGUUGUCUGAAUUGCAGAAAUUAUUUUGCUUUUAAAAAAUUACCAAUUUUCUGUUUUCUUUUCUUUCUUUCUUUUUUUUUUUUGAGACAGAGGCUUAUGUGUCACACAGGCUGGAUUGCAGUGGUGUGCAGUGGCUCACUGCAACCUCUGCCUCCUGGGUUCAAGUGAUUCUCAUGCCUCAGCCUCCUGAGUAGCUGGGAUUACAGGCAUGCAUCACCACGCCCAGCUAAUUUCUGUAUUUUUAGUCAAGACGGGGUUUUACCAUGUUGAUCAUGCUGUUCUCGAACUCCUGACCUCAGGUGAUCCACCUUGGCCUCCCAAAGUGCUGGGAUUACAGGUGUGAGCUACCGCGCCCGGCCAAAAAUUACCAAUUCUCAACAGGACUGGCAGGUUCCUGCAAACCAGUAGUUAUGAUCAGUACAAGCAAAUACGUCAUGAAGCCAGAGGUAGCCAUUACACCUGUUAUGUUUAAACAGUGAAAGGCAAUUUGAUUUUAAGCAGCAAGGCUAAGUCUAGAUCCUGGAGGGCAAGGGGGAGAAUUCCUUAGGUUGGAGAUACAAAGGAUAUUCAUCUGCUAAGUACAGGAGACGUGGGGAGAAGUUGAUUGAAUUAGAAGGUACAAAUUCUUUUAUUCUUUUUGAGUUUGCAAGUUACAGAGUAAGUAGUUCAGGGGAGUUUUUCUAUGCAAAUUCAGUUUCAGUAGAAAGCAUAAGCUCUGUACCUUCAAGAAGUGAAGCAGCCUCUGUGCUUUACCCUGAGGAUGGCUGUAGAUAAAAGAGUAUGGGCAGAUAAGACCAAUAAAAGCUUUCCUGACUUCUCUCCCUAAGAAUUUAGCUUUCAUGACAAAAGCCAGACUUGCUCUGCAUAGUUGUCAGAGGUCCCUUUUUGCCAGCAAAAAGGGUGUUAGUAGCCUGCCUUUUUAUGCCUGCUUAGUCCAGUUGGGAGCUUAGAUCCCAGCAGACUAUAUCCGUCCCAGAGUCAUUUCAGGAAAAGAAAAAUGACUAAGACAAUCACAUGAUCUCUCUUCUUUGAGGAAGAAGGAAUUUUAGCCAAGAAUGCAAGGUGGGCCUGUAGGCUUGAUACUCAUGCUGCACACAUGCUAUACACAGAAGCAUGUGCAUGUGAACACACACACGUGUGUCCGUUCUGCUUAUUCACUUACUUAUGAAGAGACAUGCCAUGUUGGCUAAAGACCAGGAAAUAAUUGUGUUGAGUUGAUAAGUAGCCAAAUCAUAAGGCUCACAUGUCUCAUCGGGCAAUAUUAAUUGGCCAAUCCUUCAUUUACAAAAAAUAUGCAAAACAAAAAUGUUUGAAUGUGGUGCUUUCCUAUCUGAUGUCCCCUGACUGGUUUCCAGAGAAAGUCUCCUGUAAGCAUUCUCUUUGUUUCCUAGGGAUCUGCUUCUUUCUAGACCUGUGGGAAAAAACACUUUAACAGAAUUAUUUACAAAGCCAAUCCCUUUCUUGUCAGUGGCAAAGCCUCUCUUAAAUUUCAGCUCUGUCACCUCCUAACUCUACAACUAGAAGCCGUUAUUUAACCUCUAUGCCUCAUUUUCUUCAAUUUUAUGUAGAGUUAAUAGAAUGUCUCUGUCACAGGAUUCGUGUGAGAAGGAAAUAAGAUCAUCUAAGAAAUCUUUUUUUGUACAGUACCUGGCUCCUAGUAUGAUUUUAAAAAUGGUUACCGUUUUUAAUAGAUACCUUGCAGAGAUAUUCAGCAUUUUCUUUUCUCCUUCAAGCUUCACAAAUUAGAAACACCCCUUGUGACAUUUGGUACUUCUCAAUAUCAGGGGUUCUGUUGGGGUAGGAGGAGAGGUGAGUAGGAGAGGCGGGCAGAGCAGAACAGAGAUGAUUAGGCAGGAAUGAGGGCGCAAGAGACCUUUUCCCAUACUCUUCUCCUGCCUCCCAUUCCUUACUCUUUCUGGUAUAUUAUACUGCUUCUUAACCUGUUGAUGGCUGGAUAUAAUACUAGGCGCAAUACAAAAAAGAAUAUAAACUCAGCCCUAUUAUCCAGGAAGUGGUCAUCUAAGUCCCAGGCUUACUCUCCCCUCUUCUCCUUGUCCAUAUACUUGCUGUUUAGCUCAAAUCCUAGCUCAAACCUACCCUGCGCACUGAUGCCUACUAGGGAACAAGUACUCAAGGGAUAUCAGUGGCACCUGUUGACUCACUGUAGAAGAGAGAAUUAGUCCUCGAAUCCUUUGCACUUAGAAGAAAACACCUAUGAAAAGUCAGAGAGCAAGUCACAUAUCAAACUUCCUGGAUGCUCCAUUUCCUCAGGACUUUCAGGCUUGAGGGGAAGGAAUGUGAAUCACUGGACCUGGAAAGAGGGCACAGGGGAGAGGAAACAGGAGGUUUCCUGUCCACCUCUGCUGUAAAAGAGGUAUCAGUGUAAUGCAGCAGAGUGUCCUGGUGCAUGGAAUAGGAGGGAUAAUUGAAUAGUAAAUGAGAUAUAUAUAAAGCAUAUCAUUUUAGGGCCCGCAUGUAGUAAGUCCUCAAUAAAUGUUAGCCAUAAUUCGUUUAUCGAUAACAUUUGGAUACUUAGCUGUUUGGAGGGCAAUUAGACUUCUCAGUCUUACGUAAACCUUACUAUCUGUUCCUAAUGCUGCCAGCCACUCACUUGUUGACCACAUUGAAUGGGGAGGAGAUGCUACUCACACUGGUCCAUCUAUCUGUACCUAGAGUUUCUCUUAGUUUUUCAUGGGUUGAAAUUAAAUGACCCAUUUUGAGUGUUCACAGAUACUGUUCUGUGUAAGAGAAAAAGUGUAUGACAAGCAGGCAUAUCACAAAACAAGUAGGCAGAUCUCCUGGCAAUGACUGCAGGAUGGCCUUAUACUUAUAUGUGUUUUAUCUUUAAUGUGAAUUUUUAUUUUACUGUUUCUUUUAUUUGUGUCUUAACAAAAGCAGUGUAAUACUCUUAAUUCAUUCUGGCCAAAGUUGGGUAGCUUACAUUGUUGUCUUUCAUAAUAUAAAGCAGAAGAAGAAUAGCCACGAAUUAUAGGGUUUUAAAGAAAGGAUGAAUUCAGGAUCAUCCAAUUCAGCCCCCUCAUUUUAAAAUGUGGAAAUUGAUUCCUAGGGUAUUAAAUAAUGGAUUUUCUUGGUGGCCAAAGGGCAGGUCUCCCAUCUCUAAAUCAGAGUACUGCAUAUAUGAUCUUUUGACCUGCUACUCUUCCAAAGUGACCAUGGACAUAGAACCAUUUGAGAACUGCUGUUUUGAAACGUAAGUGUGGUCAUCUAUGCAGAGGAUUCUCAAAUAAGGUAACACCACCUUUGGCCCAGGCUCUUCCUGUCUUUGGCACAUUGUCCCUAACUCUCUACAGGAAAUACAUGCCUGUCUAUUAUUUGGAAGAGGCAAUGAUGAUAGAAAGGAUGGUUCCUGUUUUCUUCCCUCUUUAGGUUACCUCCUCCACAAACUCUAUGCCCUUACAUACAAAAUCAUGAUCAAAACAAAAUAAGAUUCCUGAGCUCCAUGCACAGUCCUAGGGAUUGCCUAGAAAGAAUGUUUUAUAGUGGAACCUCAUCCUCUAGCUCUGCACUUCCAAGGAAGGGUCAGAUUUGCAGAGCAUAAGACCUAGGGAUUUAUUAAUAGAUUUUCUCAAGGAUAAUUAACUGGUUUAGAAAAUUCUCUAAGUAAAAUUGUAAAGUAUAUAUAAAUAAAUGAGAAGGUAAAAGUAUUUGGAGACAAUAAAUGUACAUUCAAGAUGUGAUAGCUAUUCUUCAAGCCAAGAUUUAGCAAAUUCUAGAAUUAUACAGACUAAAUUUUUUUCUCUAUCUAUAGAUUAUCUUUUUAGUAGCUCAGAUCCAGUAUUUGGUACCUCAUUGUUUGUUUAAAGCCAACAAUAACAGUAACUGUUAUCUAUCAAGCAACUGCCAUGUGCCAGUGUAAUUAAUGCUUUUCAUGAGAUCUCAUUUAAUUUGCAUAGUACUGUGAUUUAAGUAUGAUUUCCCUCAUUUAUUGAUAAGGAUACUGAGGCUCAGGAGUCAAGGUAACCAAUUUUUUUUUUUAGAAUUUUGACAACCUAUUUCCAUUCUCUUAGAAGCAGGGCAAAGCAAGAUUUUAGGCCAACACUGGAGAAAGGUUAAUCUGGUUGCUGAACCAAAUAAAGCACUCCUAUGAGAAGCCUAGACUGUUCUCCAUGACCCCAGAGUCCAGCCUUUUGGAAUAUUGAAGAGACAGCCUUUUAAAGCAGCCUUUCUCUCUCUAAUCCUUCCAUAACCCUUCCGUAUAUAUGUAUCUAUGGGUAAAACCAUGUCCUCUGGGCGACUCUGGUUGUCUCUUGAGAAUUUCUGUUUUCUCCUUCAGUUCUUUCAUUCUCCCUUGGACCAAUAGCUGCCCUCUCUUCUCCACUCCCUCCCCUGCCGAUGGGUUAUUAGGGAUGGAUGUAGAGUUGUAGCAUGAGUGGUUAGGACUUAUUAGACACCAACAUGGACACCGUUGAAUACAUGUCCCACCUUUAGCACAUAGAAUUCUGGGAUUAGGUUUUGUCUGCUCAGUGUUCUUUUAAAAAUAAUUUCUUACAAGGUGGACAGGCAUGAUUAUUGGGCCACCAAGGACAAAUUAUGAAAACAGAAUAUAUAGCCUGAAAGUAGAAUGUGGACCUUUAUACCCUGAAGCUCCUCCGUCAGUUAGAUUUGUAACAAAAAUUAAUAUGAAUGGAGUAAAUAAUUCCAGUGGGAUGGUAGAUGCCCAGAGCAUACCAGUGUUAGCAAAAUGGCAAAAUUCAUAUAGCAUUAAAGUUGUACUUCAAGAGCUAAGACGUCUAAUGAUGUCCAAAGAAAAUAUGAAGCUUCCACAGCCACCAGAAGGACAAACAUACAACAAUUAAUUUUAGUGGAUCUCAGACUUGUCUUAAAUCAACAAACUUCUACUCACGUUAAUGUCUUGAUUAAAUAUCACAAUGCAAAAUACUCACACAAUAAGUAAAAGAAUUCCAGCUGGUAAACAUAACCUGGACGUUUGUAAGAAUAUAUUUAAUAUAUGGACACCCAUUAUGUUUUCAGGUAACAGGAGGAAAAAUGCAGCACAAUUUUUUUUCUCUUGUUAAGGCACUGUCAUUUAGACAUAAACCUGGAGUACUCGAAAUAGAAUUCAGGUUUACAAGAUGAAAGCGUGUGGAGAAGUGUCAGGUGACAGUGGAAGCAUGUGUGUUUCUAAAAAGUAAAAAUCUCAAGAAAGAAAACAGAAAUGGCAUGCUUUAUCCAUCUUGCUUAGUGAAAGAGCUGCAGUUGAAAUUGUUUAAAAUGUAGCAGGUACAAUGAAUAUUGUCACAAAUGUGUUAAUUUUUGAAGCGGUGUGGGUGCUGACUGCUAGUAGUAUCAAAAAUAUGUUCAGGAUUGUUUUGAUACCUGUAUUUAUAAUAAAAAAUGUUGGGGGGAGUUGAUGAAUUUCUGUUAAGAGCUAUUCUUGUGUGUUACAUGUAACAGACAUGGUAAAUAUUUGUUUACAGUCUUUGUUUAACAAACCAUGCAUUUAAGUUUAAGUGAAGUCAACAAAAAUUGAGAUUUUGAGAUUAAAGUUAGUCUUAAAAUGUAAAUAAAAUGUGGAACUUG